CUGCUCGGCGCGCGGCCACCGAGGCAUCAGCGGCAAACCCUUGGCUCGGGCGAGGUUCCGCCUGGCGCGGAGCACAACGAGCCGUAGUGUUUCCACAGUUAUUAAAUUAUUUACUGCAUAAUUCGGUGCUGUCGGCUCGGAAGACCCGGGCGACUGAGAAUGUGGGUUGCAGGCAGGGUGGACGGUGCCUCUCUGACCCCCUGCGCCCCACAGUGUGGUUCCGGCUGUGGGUGGCUGGGGACAGCUCAGCUGGUCCCUUACCUGCCCCCACACCGGGGCACAGUUUAGCCUUCCUCUCUAAACAGCUGGUGUUGGGAAUGUGAGUCAGGGCUGGUGUCUGAGCGAAAAUGGGGAGAAAACAGGGGUCAUUAGGAAAUUGCCACAAGAGUGCUUGCGUGGAAUGGCAGAGAUGUUUAAUUUCCCUGGGGCUGGGGCCGAUGUUUUCCGGCCAACAAUAACGGUUUACUGACGCUCAGCGUGUGCCUGCUUCAUGCUUCAGCGAGCGUUAUCGAACCUCUAAGCAUACAGAAGAUGCCAAGUUGGGCUGGCUAGAUGCUGGCGAUACCACGGGCCUUACCCUGGGAGCUCAUGGUUGGCCGGCUGCAACACAAUGUGGUUGGGACUGUAGGAGUUUACAAAGUGUGAAGAAAGAGGGAGCAACUGAGCUUAUUUCUUGGAGUUGGAGAAGUUUUCCACAGUGGAGAGGACACGUGAAUUGGGUCUUGAAGGAUGAGUGAAGUUCGGGGAGAACAUUCUGGGUGGAGACCACAGGGUGUGCAGGGAGGUGGAGGUGAGUGGGGUGUUUGGGGAACCGUGAGUCGCUCUGUUCAUGAUGGGAUGGGGUUUGAGGACCCAGGUGGAAGCUGAGGCUAGAAAGGUAGGUUUCUGGUUGUGAUGGCGCUUGAAAUGCUGUGCCAGGAGUUUGAGCUUUGGUAAUGAGCAGUCAUGGUUUGGGGCAGGACACAAUUAGGCCUGUGUUUCAGAAAGGUAAUGCUAAUGAGAAUGGGAAAGAUGGAUUUAGGGUCUGGGGAGAUGGAGAUGCAGUUGGGCAGCCCUGUGGGGGCGUGGGUCCAGGUCAGAGGCUGAGGGUGUGGAGCUGGAAGAGGCUGCAGCAUCCACUGGGUGGGGGCGACCUGUGGGCUGUAGUGAGAGGGCUAGGCUAAGGCAGCUGAGAUUUCUUGCCUGGGUGCAGAGGCUGGCGCUGGUGCUCGUGAUGAAGGAUGCUAGAGCCGGCAGGAGAGGGGAAGGGCAAAAACACACGUGGGUCUUAGACCUGUAGAAUAUGUGGGCGUCUUGGAUGCAGUGUGGUCUGGUAGGGAAGGGGAUGCAUCGUGUUCGAGGAGGGGAUCCCUGGAGUCCCAGCAUGGGGCACAGAGGGUGGAAGAGGAGCUGUCGUCUGGCCAACCUGGGACAGACAGUUCUCUUUACUGCAGGGUUGUCGGGACUGGUGGGUGGUUCUCCUCCAGAGAAUUGGCGGAAAGAGACCGCUUAUUGUUAGCACUGAAACACAUGCGGCUCACUUAUCAUUUUUAAAAAUGUUACAUCUUUAGUUUUGGUUUUGAAAUUGUUUCUUUCUCUUCAGAAAUGAGCAUUAGUUUCACACCUGCUUGGUGGCUCUGUGGCCGCAGUUGGGGCUGGUGGUUCAGUUGCUGGCCCACAGAUGUGCAUGAAGAUAACUGACCGUCUACCUCAUUACUUCCUGCUGUUAGCCAAGGUGGUGGUUUCUGUAACUGUCAAGAACCUUUAACAGUAUUUCAGAGAAGAAUAGUAAGCACCCCAGGCACAUCGUGUUUAGGGGCGAGGGGGUGCCCCGCUACACAGAGCCCACUUGGCUCCUAGAACAAGGCCACCUGGGGCUUUUCCCUCUGGGCAGAAUGAUGCCUGAAUCUGAGUCUUUGGGGAACCUGAGUGGCCCAGGUGAAAAGACCUAAAAGUAAUGACAUCAGGGAGUCCCCAGUUCAAAGGCCCACCUGGAUCACUUGCUAAUGAAGCUUGUCAUUAACAACCACUCCCAGUGUUGGAAGCAUCCAAGUUUUCUUAAUCCUCCUCCCUUAGAUACUAACAGAUAACCAAGGACACCUGACGAAGAAAACCUCGGGCAUGGAAGAUGGAGACCAGAGCGCACACCUGCAGGCAGCGGAGUGUGCAGGAAGAAGACUUGGACCAGAUUGUCAUCCAUAUGCACGUGGAGAUAACAGGAAACACUGCACACGUGAGACAAGAACAGGCAGCCCUAAAAAGGAAAGGAACUCUCAAAGAUCCAAAAAGAGAAUUCUUGGAUGUAAAAAAUACAAUAGCCAAAGUUAAAAACCUCAGUUGGUGGGUGAAAGGUAAAGUUGAGGCACUCUCUCAGAAAGUAGAACAGAAAAGCAAGAAGAUGGAAAGUGAGAGAAAAAAGGUCAGAGCAGAAGGUUGACAGCUGAACAACAAGAGUUUCAGCAAGAAAUAGAGAAAAUAGGACGAAAUCAUCCACAAAGUGAUUUCUUAGAACUCAGACAUUCUGGGUGGAAGGGGCCCAGCCAGUGACCAGCACCGUGGAUGAAAAUGCAGGUGUCUGUCACUCUCCCGGUGUCUCCACUUCCCACUUUGGCUAUUAAAAGUCUGGGCAGUAAGUUUGGACAGUGAGGGAGAUCGAGUUUCAGAUAGACACUAGUGAGAAUGUGGGAGCAAGGGAUUUAUGUGAAAGUAUGUGUCACUCUGUCAGCUCCAGAAUUUGGAUAAUGAGAGUUUGGAUGGGGGGAGAUUUACCUGCGUCCCCCUGCAAGACACGAAGCUGUGACGUUUCAGAACCCGUGGAAUGGAGAAGAGUGUGGUAGCCUCUAGAGAAGAAAACAACAGGUCACGUGUCAGCUGGGCUUCAGACUCCACAGGAACACGGGACGCGAGAAGACAGGAGAGCCUUGCUCUUGAGAUUCUGAAGGAAAAUUCUGUCAACCUUGAACUCUACACUCAGGCAAAGGAGGGUAAAGACAUCUUCAGACGUGCUCCCCAGGUUUGCCUCUCAUGCUGGGAGGCAGUGGCUGCAGGCGCGGUCUGCCUGGUGGGGUGGCAGGGCUAGAGAGAGGGAGGGAGGGGGAUGCGUGGAGGAGAGAGGACUUCCCCCUAGGUGGGGGUGACAAGGACCUGCUGGAGGAAGAUGGAGAAGCAGGACGCCACCAGGCACCCACGUGGAGAGCAAACUCGUCCUGAGCUGAGCUGGUCAGAGGCUCCUCGAAGAGAUUUUUUGGGAGAAGAUGAAAUUAACAGGACACCCGAUGCUCGGGACAUCUGGAGAGGAGAUUUAGACAGUUGGCAGAGUUGGGGCUGGAUUAGUGAUAAGUACUAAACAAAGCAAAUGAAAACACAAGACUGUUAUUAGUUCCAGGGAAAAUAAACCGUUGUGCAGGAAAAGAAAAAUAAUUAUAGUGUACUACAAGGCUCAGCUGUGAAUGGCCUCUCCACAAUGAUAAUAGUUUAUGUAAACACUGGCGGCUGCUCUAAUUGGAAUUAUGAUAUGCCUGGGUGCAGAAGGUGUGGGGGAGACGGCAUGGCUGGGUCCAGGGGAGGAGAGAGCUACGCUUUCUCCUGCCACCGUGGGAAGUCAGUCGGUGAUGCCCCAAACUGAAGAGGCAAGGUCCAGCUCCAGAGGCCAUCAUUUAGAGGUGGGAGGCAAACGCCCAGAGAAUCGGCUAGAAGGGCGGAGAUAAGGCUGGGGAAGAGGGCAGGGACUGCUGUGUCCAAGAAUGAUUCCGUCCUUGAGUGGAUGUGUUGAUGUGAAUAGUGGAUGUGGAUGUGGAUGUGGAUGGUGUUGAUGUGACUAAAAACAGUCUCAGGCAAGCUUCCUGCUCGAGUGGAGAGGCCUCAGCUGCUUUCCGUGCAUGGCCCUCUUUAGCGGCUAUUUCCUCUUGGUUAUUGCCAUCGUUCUCUGUAUCCUGUCUCUGGAGCUGUGGUCACUUGGCAGAGAUUUGGAGCUUGGUGGGGGCCAGGAUCUCCUUCCUCUGAGCUUCGAGUGGAGAUGGGAAGGCAGUGUGAGAUUGCCCUGGGAUUCCCAGGGCACGGGUCCAGCAAAGGGACAGCAAUGCAGAGGCCAGGCAGCGGGAGCCUGCUUGGGUGGUAGGCGAACGGCAAGGAGACCAUCGAGGUUGGGGUGGGUUGGUGAGGGGGCUGCGCUAGGACAUGAGACCGGUGGGGAUUGGAAGCCACUGGACUCCAGUGAUCGGAGGACUUUGAGCAGACAUGCCACAUGACCUGGGGAUUAGAAGAUACUGGACUCCAGCGAUCGGAGGACUUUGAGCAGACAUGUCACAUGACCUGGGUUGGAAAUGGAUUGUGUGGGCACCAGGGCAGAAGCAGGAAGGCAGUUUCGGAGGUAGCUGUGCUAACGCAGGGUCUGCUGGGGUUCCACCACGUGGACAUGCUAACUCUGCACAUGGCUGACCUCCGUCCGGCCCAGGACCUCUGGAAGUUGAGCUGAUACUGCAUGGCCCAGAGCCCCCAUCAUAAAGCACACUGUUCACUCUCCAGCGUGGCUCAAAGACUCCAAUCAGGUUCCUCCAGCGCGAUGUCCCAUCUCUCCAGGAAGCUGCAGUGAGCGACCGCGAGGCCCUGGCCAGGCAGCAUGGCCAGGCCCCGGCUCUUCCGGCUGUGGCUGGCGCUGGGGUCCGUCCUCAUGAUCCUGCUCAUCAUCGUGUACUGGGACAACGUGGGCACCGCCCACUUCUACCUGCACACGUCCUUAUCCAGGCCGCACCCCACCCCCGGGCAGGGCGAGGACCCGGACGCGGAGGAGUUUCUGGACAAGCUGCUCGGCUCCGGGAAGCCUGUUGACCUUUCCGGGAGGAAGACGGAGCUGCCGCCUGCGGCGCCCAGCAGACCGGCGCAGAGCCGCCUGGAGGAGAGCGUGCGGGGCUACGACUGGUCCCCGCACGGCGCCCCGCAGAGCCCUGACCAGGGCCGGCAGCAGGCGGAGCGCAGGCGCGUGCUUCGGGCCUCCUGCGCCAACGCCAGCCUGGCCUUCCCCACCAAGGAGCGCUCGUUCGACGACAUCCCCAACUACGAGCUGAACCACCUCAUCGUGGACGACCGGCACGGCGUCAUCUACUGCUACGUGCCCAAGGUGGCCUGCACCAACUGGAAGCGCGUGAUGAUCGUGCUGAGCGAGAGCCUGCUGGACCGCGGCGCGCCCUACCGCGACCCGCUGGACAUCCCGCGCGAGCACGUGCACAACUCCAGCACGCACCUGACCUUCAACAAGUUCUGGCGCCGCUACGGCAGGUUCUCGCGCCACCUCAUGAAGAUCAAGCUGAAGAAGUACACCAAGUUCCUGUUCGUGCGCGACCCCUUCGUGCGCCUCAUCUCGGCCUUCCGCAGCAAGUUCGAGCUGGAGAACGAGGAGUUCUACCGCAGGUUCGCCAUGCCCAUGCUGCGGCUGUACGCCAACCUCAGCAGCCCGCCCGCCUCGGUGGGCGAGGCCUUCGGCGCCGGCCUCCGCGUGUCCUUCGCCAACUUCAUCCAGUACCUGCUGGACCCGCGCACCGAGCGCCUGGCGCCCUUCAACGAGCACUGGCGGCAGGUGUACCGCCUCUGCCACCCGUGCCAGAUCGACUACGACUUCGUGGGCAAGCUGGAGACGCUGGACGAGGACGCGGCGCAGCUGCUGCGGCUGCUCAGGGUGGACGGGCGCCUGCGCUUCCCCCCGAGCUACCGGAACAGGACCGCCAGCAGCUGGGAGGAGGACUGGUUCGCCAAGAUCCCCCUGGCCUGGCGGCAGCAGCUGUACAAACUCUACGAGGCCGACUUCGUUCUCUUCGGCUACCCCAAGCCCGAAAACCUCCUGCGAGACUGAGCGCGGGGGCGGCCCGUGCGCCGCUGUGCGCCCGCGGCUCCACACUCUGCGGUUUUUUACGUGACCUACGAUUUUGCGACCUGGACAUCUUGUUUACUCCACUGCCUCUAUUCAUUGAGUACUGUGUUGAUAUUUUUUUAAGAUUAAUAUAUUUCAGAUAUUUAAUAUGAAACGUGGGAGGAAUCUCUGGAGUAAAGUGUCCCCGCUGCCUUGUC